UCUAUGGCCGCACCUCGACCAUUCCAUACAACUGGCUGACAUACUCAUCUCAACACAGGAUCAGCCAACAUGCUUCGUCUCGUAUCUUUCAUUGUCAUUUCCAUACUAACGAUUCACGCCAAUGGGCAACGUCACUGCUACAGCUGUAACGAACGUGAACGUCCUGAGGACUGCGAGAACGUGGCCACAUGCAGCGCUGGAGAGCAAUGUAUUAGUGACAAAUACAUCAGCGAGGAAGGGCAUACGUUCUUUAACCUUGGGUGCCGGCCUGGAAGGGUGUGCCAAAUUCUGAAUCAAUUCGGAAAACGCGCUCUCCCAAGAGAGAUAACCCGAGACAAACGGCGCCUGAUCCACCUCUGUACCAAGUGUUGUGAUGCCGACUACUGCAACAAGGACCUCUGUGCUGAUGCUACUCCCCCGCCUUCAACACAAAAACAGUGCUACAAGUGUAAUGACUUGACGAAAACCACACAGUGUGAGUUCCUGCAAACCUGUGAACCUGACCAGGUCUGUUUUAGUGAGGAGUACUUGAACGAUAAUGGCGAAUUCCGUAUAAACCUUGGGUGUCAGCGAAAAGUGGUCUGUGACGCCUUGAGCUCUGCAAUGAAAAACAACCAACAGGCAGGACGAGACACCGGCGUCAACCACUUAUGUAACGCCUGCUGCAACACCGACCACUGCAACCUUACCCCCUGUCAAAAUAUCACAAAUGCAUUUGUGGCUGGAAGACGAUAGCUGGCUGUAGAUAGAGGUCACUUCACCCGUAGGAUGUCGUCUCUCGAAAUGUGAUCAAUAAACAUUAUCCGUGGUGAACUGUUGUGAAACACUUUACGCCGGAUCUCCAGCAACAUAUUGCUGUAGUAGAAGACGAUUAAAUGACCUGAUGGCCAGUC